AGUUAAUUACAAAUUUUUAGCAGUUUUUGGAUAAUAAAUGACUUAAGCAAAAAAGCAAUAAAACAAUAAAUAAAACGUGUGCAAAAUAAAAAAUAUAAAAAUAUAAAAAAAGAGUGCAAAUAAAAUUGUAAACCGUAAAUUGUAUGCGCCAAAGGCGAAAACCAGAAACACAAAAUAAUCAAUUCGAGAAACCAGUCGGGGAAACUAAAGAUAGCAAGAAAAAACUCAGUACCAAAAUGACUUCAUCCAAGACGGACGUGAAAAAAUUACCCAACUCACCGCAGCAUGAUAGCAUAGAAGUACAGAUGGAUAGCUUAGAUUCAAGUCAUGGAUUUUCAAGCCCCAUUGAAGAUACAAAACUAACUAAGCCAAGAGUUUUUAAAUCAAAAGUUUUUGUAGCUGCCAUCAUAUUUUCCAGUGUCUUAAUAAUAAUAAUGUGUAUUGGUUUCUUGAUAUAUUACGAGUUCGGUAACGAUGAAACUGAUCCGCAUGAUUUGACAUAUUGGCACUUAAAUUUACCCGCUGAACAAAAGAUUUGGUAUGACAAAGGCAUUGAUGAACUAAAGUCUGCUUUGAAUCAGGAAAUAAAUCGUAAACGUGCAAGAAAUGUUAUACUUUUUGUGGGCGACGGUAUGGGUCCAAAUACAGUAACAGCAGCACGCAUAUAUGGUUUCAAGGAAGAAGGUGUACUGAGUUGGGAGCAGUUUCCACAUAUGGGUAUGCUUAAGACCUAUUGUGCGGAUAAACAAGUGCCCGACUCUUUUUCCACAGCGACGGCUUUAUUCGGUGGUGUGAAAACUAACUAUGAAACUGGUGGAUUGGAUUCGAGUGUAGCAUUGGGUAAUUGUAGUGCAGAUGCUUUGAAUAGUGCACAUCAUAUUCAGACAAUACUCAAAUGGGCACAGAUUGAUGGCAUGAACACGGGUUUCGUUACAACUACUCGCGUAACGCAUGCAACACCCGCUGCAUUGUACGCACACUCGCCGGAUAGACGUUGGGAGUGCGAAUCAACUAUGUCUGAUGAAGCGAAGACAGCUGGUUGUACGGAUAUUGCAAGACAACUGAUAGAAACCGAAACCGGUAAAAAUAUAAAUGUUAUUAUGGGUGGAGGUCGCCAAAUGCUUGUGUCAGACGUUGAAGAUUCAGCAGCUGAUCCCAUUGAUACUUGGGCAGGUAAAUCGAAUGAUGGACGAAAUUUAAUUGAAGACUGGAAACAGAUUAAAGAAAAAGAUGAUAAAAAUUAUGCUGUAGUACAAAAUACUGGUGAAUUAAAUAGUAUGAAUACGGCUGAUGUGGAUUAUGUGUUAGGUAUUUUUGCUAAUGGUCAUUUAAAAUAUGAACACGAACGCGACACUAGCGAUACUGGUAUGCCAUCGCUAAAACAGAUGACACUUAAAGCUUUAGAAGUACUCAAAAGUAAGGACAAAGGUUUUCUACUCGUUGUGGAGAGUGGUCUUAUCGAUCAAGCACAUCAUCGUGGUACUGCUAGAAAAGCAUUAUCGGAAGUUUUAGCUUUAAACGAUGCGGUGAAUGCAACUAUACAGGCUAUGAAGUCUCAAAUGGAUGAUAGUCUGAUUAUUGUUACUUCGGAUCAUGCACAUAGUCUCACCAUAAAUGGUCAUCCCGAUAAAGGUGCUGAUAUUUUGGGUACAGCUAUGAAUUCAAAAACCGAAGGUACAGCCUUUACAACACUAACAUAUGGUACGAGCUAUAAAGGUUUCAAAGCUGAUGAUACUGGAAAACGUGUAGAUCCCUCAACGGUUGAUACAACGGACUGGGACUAUACGCAGCAAGCGGCAAUUAAUACAGAUGAAAAUUUACACGGCGGUACUGAUGUCGCCAUACAUGCAAAAGGUGCCAUGUCAUACUUGUUCCAUGGUAUGCACGAACAGAGCUAUGUAGCUCAUGUUAUCUCAUACGCUUUGCGUAUUGGACGGUUUCGAGAUAGUUCAAUUGCUGAAUCUCUAGCGGAACUAAUGCCUUUAUAAUUAAUUUAAUUAGUGAAUAGGUUUUAAUUAAAUGAAUUUAAUUCUAAGCACAAAUUGACUCUGUAUUUGCAUAAGUUAGUUAUGUAGUAAUUUAUUGUGAUAUUAAGUACAC